GAAUAAACAGUUUUUAAAUACAUCCCUUUUAAUUUUUUUUAUAAUGUCUGUUGAAUACAAUCCAGACACUUUAGGUGACCUUCUGCCUUUAUAUUAUAGAAGACUGUUCCCUCAUUCACAGUUUUAUCGAUGGUUAAGUUAUGGACAUACAUUAACAUUUGCCAAGAGAGAAAUUUCGUUUACUCUACUCGGAGAUAUUUACAUUCGAUAUCAAUCAUUUGACACUCAAGAAGAUUUUUCAAAUGAACUACAAAAGAAAUUCCCUAUGAAGAUCGAUUUAGGGGCUAUAUAUCAAACCAAACCGAGAGACAAAGGUCCUGUGUCGCAGAUUGUACCUGUAGAAAAGGAAAUAGUGUUUGACAUCGAUAUGACUGACUAUGAUGAUAUCAGGACUUGUUGUUCAGGUGCAGAUGUGUGCACAAAAUGUUGGAAGUUUAUGGUGAUAGCUUGUAAAAUAUUAGAUGCAGCGCUUUAUAGAGAUUUUGGCUUUAAUCACAGGCUCUGGGUGUUUUCUGGUAGGAGAGGUAUCCAUUGCUGGGUAUGUGACCCUCAUGCAAGGGUAAUGGAUGAAUCUAUUAGAUCUUGUAUAGGAGAUUACCUUCAGAUUGUUAGAGGAGGUGCUAAUGUGUAUAAAAUGGUACAGUUGCCUGGAGAAAAGAUACAUGCAUCUUUAGAAAGGGCCUUGGGCAUUAUAAAUACCUAUUUUACCACUAUUGUGGAAGAACAAGACAUUUUAGGUACAGAUGAAAGACUGGCUAAUUUUCUACAGAUUAUAGACCAAGAUCUGAGGCCGUCCUUUAAAGGUCCAAUGAAACGAGCAGAAACUUCUCUGGAAAGAUGGAAAGUUUUUGUUGAUACAUUUGAUGAUAUGCUGAGAAGUAACCAAAUUCCCAAAUUUCUUAGGAACCUCAAAGAAGAAAUAAUACUACAGUAUUCCUACUCCUAGGCUUGAUAUUAAUGUUACUAAGGGCUUCAAUCACUUGUUGAAGUCUCCAUUUUGUGUCCACCCAAAGACAGGGAAGAUCUCAGUUCCUUUCAAUCCAAAAGGAAUUGAUAAUUUUGAUCCAGGAAAUGUUUCCAACAUUGCAUGGCCUAAUUGAUGAGAAUCAAUGCCUAUGAUAAAAAGACAGUAGAACAAGAGCAAAAUCUGAUGGAAGUAGAUGGUGGUAAGACUCCAUCGAAAUCGAAGAUCAAAGACUAUAAAAAAACCAGUUUGCUGCAUUCAGUUACCAUUUUUGAAGAGUUUCUUAGGCUAUUGGAGAGGGCAAGAAGAGGAAAAGAAAUUCCUGUUGAGUUUUAACACUGCAUUGCCGAAUUCGCACAGAU